UGCAACCAACAUAAUGCUGAAGCUCCCAACUUGGAACAAGCAUUUCACAGAAUGGCACAAACAGAACCUAAUCUGGACCAUGACGUGUCAUGGUUCCUCCUUCCGUCAUACUGGGCUAAAAUGGUCGUGGCAUUAAUUUCCUUCCUCUGUUUUGCUAACAGCUAUGACGGAGAAUUUGUCUUUGAUGAUUCUGAAGCCAUCAUCAAUAAUAAGGACCUCAGGGCAGAAACCCCACUUGGUGACCUGUGGCAUCAUGACUUUUGGGGUAGCAAACUCAGCAGCAAUACCAGUCAUAAGUCGUAUCGACCACUAACUGUCCUAACUUUCAGAAUUAAUUACCUUUUUGCUGGAGGCUUCUACCCAGUUGGUUUCCAUGUCAUCAAUAUCAUACUGCAUUGUACUAUCUCAGUGUUGAUGGUUGAUGUGUUCUCGAUAUUAUUGGGUGGACUGCAAUUCAGUAAUAAAGGAAGAAGGCUAAACCUGGCUCCAAAGACAUCUCUUCUAGCUGCUUUACUGUUUGCUGUACAUCCAGUGCACACCGAAUGUGUUGCUGGCAUUGUUGGCAGAGCAGACCUUCUGUGUGCCCUGUUCUUUUUGUUGUCAUUCCUUGGCUACUGUAAAGCAUUUAGAGAAAAUAAGGAAGGACAUAAUUUUUCUGUAUUCUGGGUGCUGGUGAGUGUUAUCCUAGGUGCAAUAGCCAUGCUGUGCAAAGAACAAGGAAUUACAAUACUGGGUUUGAAUGCAGUGUUUGAUGCACUGGUGAUUAACAGGCUAAAUGUUUUGGAGCUUAUUCAAAAGUUACGACAUAAGGACAAGUCAUUGGAGAAUGCUGGGCUGUUAAGAAAGGGGCUACUUUUCAGGAUAACUCUUCUGAUGUCUGGAGGGGCCAGUAUACUUUACAUACGCUGGAGGAUUAUGGGCACAGGACCACCGGCUUUCACUGAAGUAGACAACCCAGCUUCAUUUGCAGACAGUCUGUUUGUGAGAGCUAUAAACUAUAAUUACUACUAUUCGUUGAAUGCAUGGUUGCUGUUGUGUCCCUGGUGGCUGUGUUUUGAUUGGUCAAUGGGCUGCAUACCCCUCAUUAAAUCCGUCAGCGACUGGAGGAUAAUUGCACUAGCAGCACUUUGGUUCUGCCUAAUUGGUCUGAUAUGCCAAGCUCUGUGCUCAGAAGACAGCCAUAAGAGAAGGUAA